AAAAUGAUUUAGCGAAUGCAGUAGAGGGAGGAGGGGAGACAGAUGGAAGAGAAGUGUUUCGUGGGAAAAGCUACAACGUGGAUAUGCGUGUGAGGCAGCGACACUGGGAUAUAGAGGAGAGAGCACGAGAUGCUGACAGAUUCCUGAUAGAUGUGCAAAAUGGCGCAAGCAAGUUCUACUCCUGCGAGCCACCAAUUGUUGUAGUUCAUGAACAUGAAGAGCUAGCUGUAUGUCUGUUUUCUUCCGAUCGCCUCACGUUGUUUUUAGUAUCGUAAUAUAUUUCAAAGUGAUUAAAUGGCUACCAGAAGGCUCUGCCUUGUUCCAUGCAUUUUUGGAAUGCUCCUCAACGCUUUAGUCGGUGUGACAUCGGGAGCAGAGCUCUCCUUCACGCUGGAGCCCAGUGACAUCAUCGCGGUGCAGGAGCAGCCCCUCAUGCUGCACUGUCAGGUGGACGGCAUCCCACCAAUCACCACGCAGUGGAGGCGGAACGGAGUCCUCCUGGUGGUUGACCAAUACUACACCAUGUUCCACAACGGCACUCUGCUGAUUGGACGCUUCCAGAGGACCAAGUCUGACGGCUCAACUGAUGAAGGGGAUUAUGAGUGCGUGGGCCAGAACUCCUUUGGUCUGGUGGUGAGCCGCAGGGCCAGGGUGCAGGCCGCCACGAUGACGGAGUUCCAUGUCCAGCCGCGGUCAGUGCGUGCGGAGGAGGCGGGCAUGGGGCGGUUCCAGUGCCAGAUUCAUGGCCUGCCUGAGCCUGCCAUCAGCUGGGAGAAAGAUGGCCGCUCCGUGGACACUAAGGAUGAGAGGUAUACCCUGCUCCCCACUGGUGUUCUGCAGAUCACAGGUCUGCGUCAGGAGGAUAGUGGUGUGUUCUGUUGUGUGGCCCACAACAGUGCAGGAGUAAAGCACAGUGCCGGGGCUCGCCUCACCGUCUCAGUAUCCCAGUCUUCUGUUUACAAAGAGCCCAUGAUCCUCGUGGGUCCUGAAAACCUCACUCUCACCGUUCACCAGACGGCCAUCUUGGAAUGUGUUGCCACAGGAUAUCCCCGCCCCAUCGUGUCAUGGAGCAGGCUUGAUGGCCGUCCGAUAGGUGUGGAGGGCAUCCAGGUGCUGGGUACAGGGAACCUGAUGAUCACAGAUGUCGGGGUCCAGCACUCUGGCGUCUACGUCUGCGCUGCCAACAAACCAGGGACCCGUGUACGCAGAACCGCUCAGGGACGUCUGGUGGUCCAAGCCCCGGCAGAGUUUGUGCAGCCUCCUCAGUCCAUCUCCCGGCCGGUGGGCACCACUGCUAUCUUCACCUGCCAGGCGCAGGGCGACCCUGUGCCCCAGCUCACCUGGCUGAAGAACGGGCAGAUCCUGGAGCCUGGAGGGCACGUCAAGCUCAGGAACAACAACACCACGCUGACCAUCUAUGGCAUCAGUCAGGAGGACGAAGCCAUCUACCAGUGCAUCGCUGAGAACAGCGCUGGCUCCACCCAGGCCAGUGCCCGCCUCACCGUGCUGUGGGCAGACGGCCUGCCAGGGAUGCCCAGUGUGGUGCGGGCCGAGGCCCUCUCACCCAACGCCAUCCAGGUGUCCUGGAAGGAGUCUGCCCAGGACACUCAGGAGAUCAUCGGCUACGUGCUCCACAUCCGCAGGACCACAGACCCUGUGGAGAUGGAGUACCAGGAAGCCGUCAGUAAGGUGACUCUACAGCAGGUCGUGGGUGAUCUGGAGCCCUCCACCGGCUACACCUUCUAUGUGAAGGCCUACACGUCCCGCGGAGCCAGCAAGCCCUCCGAGAGCGCCACCGAGAGCACGCUGGGUGAAGUGCCAGCACCCCCGUCACUGUUCAUUAAAUUGGUGAACAGCAGUGUGGUGCAGGCCGUGUGGGAGCCAUCCUCUAAGAUGGGCCAACAUGAGGGCUUCAGGCUGUACUACAGGAGGGUCCACACCCCCCUCUUCACCGGACCACUCACCUUCACCCGCAACGUCACCCAGUACAACAUCUCCCAGCUGGAUCCAACCCUGGUGUAUGAGAUUAAGGUUCUGGCCUUCAACCAACACGGAGAUGGCAACGCCACCAUGCGCUUCGUCUCACUGAAGGAGGCUGUGGAGAAAUCAGUGCUGAACACCCCCUGUGACUGUGUGAAAGAUGAACAGAGCAAGACCUCUACAACCGGAAUCAUCAUCGGCAUCCAUAUAGGAGUCACCUGCAUCGUAUUCUGCAUGCUCUUCCUCAUGUUCAGCUACAGGGGGAGGUUGAUGACGUGUAAGACAGUGCAGGCCACCCCCCAGGCCGGGCGUAACAUUGCCCUGGAGUUGUCCUCCACCUCCCAGGGGGCCCUGGCCUUAAACGGGGUGAGCAGAUCAGGCAUGGAAGGGAACGGCAGCCUUGCUGGGAAGAGCAGGGGAGACAGUAACGAGCUGGAGAGACUCUUCUCAGGCCCGUCCCACUGUGGAGACCUAGCAGACAGUUCACGCAUGUUGGAUAGAUCCCUGGUGUCCUGUGCGCUGAACGAGACCCAGUUGUCCACUCUGCCGCUGGUUGACUUCAGCCUUGUGGUGGAGGGGGACAGAGAGACGCAGUUCCAGAGGCCUCCAGCAGAGGGCCGGGCGGCCAGUGACAGGGCUGCUGCCGGGGUCACCCAGCAGAACCAGACCUGAUAGAAGCAUGAACGUCAAGUCUGUGACACGGUCACAGUGUCACCUCAGACUCGUAUCACACUCAGGUCGACCGAAGUAUUUCUUUUCCUAUUAGUUUUUCUUUGUGCAAAGAAUUGUAUUAUUGGUAAGUUAAAUAAGUCGCCUCUGGAAAAGUUAUAGGGUCUUGGACUUGUCCCCGGCCUAGGUUUUUGGUGCGCUUUUGUGAUGGACAGCUAGGUUUUAGCUUUGGCAGGUGAAUGAUGUGUUCUUGUUUUGUUUUUUAACUUCCUUCAUUUUCUGGUUGCCGGCAGCACACAGAAUAGAUAUCCAGAAUGUCUUUGUUAUACACUCAUCAUUUUAUCUCAGAGUCGAAUAUGUUUUUAUUCCUCUACUAUCUCACAAAAUGGUUCUAAGUUAUUGGUCUUAUUUCUACUAUUUCUUUCAAUGUCAAAGACUGCUGCCUCCUCUCAGCCUAGCAAGGAUUCCACAAACGCAUCCAACAAAGACUUAAGGCCUUCUUCCAGUGAUUUCAUAUAUUCUCUGUCUCAGGACUUUUCUUUUCAGUGAUAUCAAUGUUUUUUUUAUUAGUUCUCGGCCUUCAUACAGGUUCUUAACUUGGCUCUGUGAACCUUAGGAUUCAACAAAAACCUACCUCAGCCGGAAUGAAUGUGACGUGGGAAACCUUUUGGAUCCGUCUUUUCCCCCUGCGUUCAGUUACUUUUACAUGUAGAGCGAUCGGUUCGUAAAACACGAGAACAGGUGCCACGCUACCUCAGAUGUCAAGAACCGCCGCUCUCCCGCUUGUCGAAGCGAGGGAAAAAAAGAAGAAAAAAAAUCAAACGGAAAGCACUUCAAAACGCUGAAGUCCACGUUCUACCUCAAGAUAACAAUGUUGUAGUUGUUCUUUCUUUCAUAAUGAAACAUGUACUUCUGUUGUGAGAGCUCCUGGCUUCCCUCUGUCGAUGAAUUGCUGUUUGUGGAUAUGUCAGUACCUCAUGCAAGUUGACAGAUGAUAUUGUUGUAUGAAUUCUACUUGUAAAAGACAUUUUUCAUAGUU